AUGGUAGUGAUGCAACAUGAAAGAAAACUGAAGCGAAAGAGAAAGAGUGCAAAUUGGGGCCGAAGCAAUGGGCUUAUGAACGUCAAGCCCGGCCCAAUUAUUGAACGCCUCUUCGAGUUUGUCAGAAUCAGAAAGAGCAGGCACAAGCAGUAA